AAGUAGGUAUCACGACUGAAACAAGACUAGUUACUUAAACAAACUAAGGUUGGCGGGUAUGAAAGAAAAGUGGUUGCAACAUACUCACUAAUUAAGAACACCUGGGCUGGACUGAAGAUGGUACAGUAAAUGUCUCCAAAAUGCGACUCCUCCUCGCUAAACGGAUUUCCGCCGCUCUCCGCUCCCCCGCCCCUGCUUCUUCCUCAAUCCCCCGCAACCCCACCACUUCCUCACGCCACAUCAAAUUUCACGCUCCCCGAGGUGCCCUACUUGACUCUCCAUGGUCCGCCACCCAGCUUCGCCGCGCCAGAUUCUCCGGUGCCGAUGUGAGGCCAGGAAACGUCAUUGAAAGAAAAGGAAAGAUUUUUGAGGUUAUAAAAGCGCAACAUACAAGCCAAGGAAGAGGAGGAGCUAUAAUACAGGUCGAGCUCCGUGAUGUUGAUAGUGGAAGCAAAGUGAAUGAGAGGUUGCGAACUGAUGAGCCAGUUCAAAAGAUAUAUGUUCAGGAGAAGUCAUUCACGUACCUUUACACUGAUGAUGAGACUGGAAAUAUUGUGCUAAUGGAGCCCAAGACAUACAGCCAGCUAGAAGUGCCAAGACACUUAUUUGGUGAAUCUCUUGUCUACCUUCAAGAUGAUAUGGAAGUCACUGUCCAGCUUUAUGAUGAAAGACCAUUGUCAGUAAAAAUUCCGCAUCGAGUUACGUGUACAGUUACUGAAGCAGCUGAUUCACUAAGGGGAAGUGGACCAACUGCUUAUAAGAAGGUUUUGUUGGAUAAUGGUCUUACCGUGCAGGUCCCAGCUCAUAUUUUAGCCGGUGAUAAGAUCGUUAUCAACACCACUGAUAACUCUUAUGCUAGCAGGGCUUGAAUAGGAUCUUCAUCAAGUUUUGCUCCAACUGGUUCAAUUUCAAAGAACAGGUCAUGUCCGCAGUUAGUAGUAUCUCAGGCAGUUUGAGAAGCUUAUGAGAUGUUAUUUUUCAGUUUCAAGGUUUUUCAAGGUUGGCAUCCAUAAUCAGUAACUAUCUUACUGCAGAUGGGAAGCAGAUGUAGGCGUCUGGAUGUGGUGUCUGUCUGCCUUAUGUGUAAAAAGAUUGUUACAGAGUUUAUGAGACUGGGUGGAUCCAUGAUUUAGGGUGAAAAACAGUUUCUCCCUGAAAUUUAUCAGAUACCAAUAAAUAACAAUUUGAACAAUGCA